AUGAGCAGCCAUGGAGCCCCCGUCACCAGCUGGACGGCCGCAGCGCUUCUCUGCAGCGUCCUCGUCCACCGUCUCGCGGCCGGCCCCGUCGAGCUCUGCUCCGAGAUCCUCUGCUGGCUGGCCCUGCCGGCGCUCUUCAGGGCUGCAGGACGGUCCCUGGGCUCGCGGGCUCGCUCCUCGAGGGCUGGGACUGGCCCCCUGAGCCUGCGAUACUCGCCCCAGCGCUCCUCUUCGUCCCUCUCUGUCUGGACGGCCGCCCUUUGCAUAGUCCUCUCCUGUCUCUUCAGAGCUGAGAUCCGUCUGCUAGCGUUCUUCGAGCAGCCGGCGUUGACUCCCUUGCUUCUGCUCGCUCAGCGACACUUUGGCUCUUCCACUUCUUUUGCUUCCUCUUCUUCUUCUUCUUCUGCUUCUGCUGCUGCUUCUUCUUCCUGGCUGUUUUACCCCCUGGCAAAUACACUAUGGGGCACUUUGCUGGUGGCUGUCUUGUUCAUCAUCACCCUGUCAGACUGGGACUUCAGGGGCCAUGCCCUCUCGGCUCUCCCUGUCCUCGCCCUGUUUGGAGCCUACCUUACUUUCAUGCCAAAGUCGGACAGGAAAAAGAAGGCUUCUCUGCUGCCAGACGUCAACGCUGAGGAUGCCGUUCUUCCUGUCUCGCUGCGAGUUGUCCCGCUGCUGCUCGUCUCCCUCGGCGUGGAGGUUGUGCUCUUCGGCUGGCCGUCAGGGGGUGUCCUCGCCACUCUGAUACUCGGCUUUGCAAAGUCUCUAUCAUGGUAUUCAAUCAUCAAAGCAGCUAGAUAUUCCUCCUGGUGCACGGCUGCUGCAACAGGCACCUUUGGCAUCUUGUCAACCCUUAGCCCCUUUAUGCAGUCCUCUGAUACCAAGGCUCUGUCCCAUGUAAUAGCAUCCCUCUUUGCCUUGGGCCAGACCAUCCACACGCUCCCAAGGCACGUCUCAAACAAGUCGGCUCUCUGGAUCUUCUCCCUGGUCUCUUUGGGUCCGUUCAUGGCCAAUAUCAUCGCCAUCAAGUCCGCAUACUCCUCACAGCUUGCUACCUACAGCAAGCAUCCCGUCGAGACACUCAUCCACAGGGGUACGAAAGACUUUGAAGAGCUUCUCGGCAGACAGUCUCAAAAUUAUACUGCUGCUCAUGCCGAAUAUCAGCGGCGAUACGGCAUUGAGCCACCUCCAGGGUUCGAGGCAUGGUACAACUUUGCCAGAUCUCACCAAUCCCCCAUCAUCGAUGACUUUGAUAUGAUACACACUGCCGUAUCUCCAUUUCGAAGACUGAGCGGCAAACAAGUACUUGAAACCAUGGACCGCGCCCAGAGCACUGCUGACAGCGAACUUUGGCGCUGCACUUUUCACGGCACUAGAGCUAAGACUCAGUGUCACCAUCCAAGCCGCUCCUUUGACAGACACAUACAGCUGCUGUUUGAUACCCUGCUGAAAGAUGUACCGGGCGCCCUCCCAGAUGUCAAGUUCCUCGUCAACCACUUGGACGAACCGAGAGUUAUUGUCCCUCCGGGCAAAAAGGAGGUUGACGGCACUCAGUUCAAAUUGACCAAUCUGUCGAGACAGCCAGCUUGGGAGCCUAUCACCAAGAAUUGUCACUCUGAGGACAGCCAUUCAGGCAACAGAGUGGAAACAUACGGUCUUCCUUUCGUCACAAACCGAACAGAGGACAUGAACCCAUGUACCCAUCCUGAAUACGCUACUAUGAACGGUCUCUUUAUGAGUCCAACCUCUCUCCGUCUGUUCGAGGGGCUGGUACCCAUCUUAUCAACAGGCUCCCCACUCACCAUGGGUGACAUCUUAUUCCCUAGUCCCGCCUACAUUGAAUCCGAAUUUCAGUACGACGGCAAAAAUGACGUUGAAUGGCACAAGAAACGCAACAACCUCUACUGGGCGGGCUCCACAACCGGUGCAUUUGCACAGACAGGCUCCUGGAAACACUUCCACCGCCAAAGAUUCGUUACUCUCGCACAGAAUCUGGAAACACGCAAACACAAGUGUAUCCGCGAGACUAACGGCGUGAUCAGCAGCGUCAAGUCAUACUUCCUCAACACCAGGCUAUACGACGUUGCCUUCACCAAAAUAUUCCAGUGCAAGACUACAUACUGCAGAGAGCAAAGGACUUUCUUCCCUUCCAAGCCAUGGGCAGACAAGGACAAAGCAUUCCGUUCUCGGCUAGUCUUUGAUAUCGAUGGUAAUGCCAUCAGUGGACGCUAUUACAAGCUACUGGCCUCAAAAUCAACGCCCUUGAAACAGACAUUAUUGCGGGAGUGGCAUGACGACCGUCUAGUUCCAUGGGUGCAUUAUAUACCCGUUAGCCAGAGCAUGGAGGAACUACCCGAGCUGGUUUCUUAUCUUACUUCAACCGAGUCUGGACGUCGGCGUGCAAAGGAGGUUGCUGACCAGGGCCGGGAAUGGUUUUCACGGGCGUUUAGGGGGGUGGAUAUGACUAUUUAUAUAUACCGAUUACUUUUGGAGUUGGCAAGGCUACAGGAUCCUGAAAGACAGGCAUCUUAA